AUGGCCGCCGCCAGCAGCAGCGAUUACUGUAGUGAUCCCGAUUCACCAUUCGGCUUAAUUUCCAGAGGGAAGAUAAUGCCUUUUAAAUCAUUCUGGAUUUUCGCUUUUCUUAUUCUUGCUGUAAGCCAGUGUUUUGCCGACGAUGAUCACGAAAUGGAGGAGUUUCUGAAGCGGGAGUAUUCCCUCUCUAAACCUUACCAAGGUGUGGGAUCCUCAGGCUCCUCCCACUGGGAGCUGAUGGGGGAUGCCAUGGUAACCACCGAACAGGUGCGCCUCACACCUGAUAUGCAGAGCAGGCAGGGGGCAGUAUGGAGUCGCAUUCCUUGCCAUCUGAAGGACUGGGAGAUGCAGGUGCACUUUAAGGUUCACGGGCAAGGAAAGAAAAACCUGAAUGGAGACGGGCUUGCCAUUUGGUACACUAAGGAACGCAUGCAGAAAGGUCCUGUAUUCGGAAAUAUGGACAAUUUCACUGGCUUGGGUGUGUUUGUGGACACGUAUCCCAAUGAGGAGAAACACAUAGAGGCGCAGAAGAAGAGAUACACUCCUCGCACACAGAGGAUCUUCCCCUUCGUUCUGGCCAUGGUGGGGAACGGCAGCAUCAGCUAUGACCACGAGAGGGAUGGUCGGCCCACAGAGCUGGGCGGCUGUAACGCCAUGGUGCGCAACCUCAAACAUGACACCUUCCUCUUCAUCCGAUACAUCCGCCGCAGGCUCACGGUGAUGAUAGAUAUCGACGGGCAGCAUGAGUGGAGGGACUGCCUGGACAUACCUGGGGUGCGGUUGCCCCAAGGCUAUUAUUUUGGAGCUUCAGCCAUCACUGGAGAUCUCUCAGAUAACCAUGAUAUAAUUUCCCUGAAGCUCUACCAGCUGACAGUGUUGCGGAGUCAAAAGGAAGAGGAAGAGGAGGAAGAAGAAAUAACCAUACCCAGUGUAGAUAACAUGGAGCUACUCAGAUUGGGUGACAACGAUGAAGGGAUGAGUGGAAUAGCUAUCUUCUUCACCGUGCUCUUCUCCAUGCUGGGUUGCAUCUUCCUCAUCGUCAUCGGCCUGGUGGUGUACAGCCAGUGGAACGAGAGCCGUCGUAAGCGCUUCUACUGAGGACAAGGAAAAAGGAAGAUAGUGAAUGUGACAACUACUGGGAUCCGUAAACCCAACUGCACAAAAGUGAGACACUGCUGUCGGCCAGUAGGAGCACAGUAGCUUGUUUUAUCCUGACGGGAGAUGGAGUAGAUGUAUCACCUGCUUCAAAAAGCCGUUCUCCAACUUUGCCAUUGGUAGUCAUGAAGCAGCAAGAGGACUUUAUUUUGUACUUCGUACUUAGCCCCCUACCUGACACACACCAACACAGCCUUACCAUCUCCACCUCUGUACUUCUUACACAGUGCGGUACAGUAUAUUACAUGACUUCUUGUGAGCAGCUACAUUUUAUUCUUUGUUUCCUUGCGCCACAUUUGACAAAUAUGGGGGAAAAAAACACUAAUUUUUAGUUCACUGAUGUUAAUUUUAUGGCCUUGAGAAAUAUAAAUAUAUAAGUAUAUGAUGUGUUCUUACUCAAGAUUUGUUAACCAUCUGCAGUAUGACUUGAAGUCCAAACCAAGGAACAUUAGAAACCACCAGUCAUCUUUACUCUAGCUCCUUGCUAAAUAAAGAUGCAUCUCUACCUUGCAUUUGAAUAGUCUCACAGUGCUCUGUACUCAAUCAUUUUGAUGCUAUGUAGAUUAUAUAAUGUACUGUAUAUUAUUAUCUUGUAGUUGCUGUAGUAUGCAUGACAUUUGUUAUUUUUUUUAUAAAAUUGUGUAGCCUACCACAGUUUUUGUCUUUUUGUUGUCACUAUCCUUGACAUUUUUAUGUGUUUGUGUAUGGUACAUGAAAAAUUGAGCUCUGCCUCGCUGGUGCAUGUGCUGAUGGCAAAGAUUUGGGUGUUUCAGGGAAAUAUUUGAUUUCAAUUAAAUUGCAUUUUUAUUUUUAUUUUUAUGAACAUUGAUUUUCACAAAAUGUUUAUUUAUGUUUUAGCAGCGCUCAUUUCCCCAUUUUAAUAUAUGUAUUUGAGAAAAUGGAUCAAAUUUCUUGAUCGGUUUACAGCAAAUUCUGCUAAAUAUAUUUAAAUAUAUUUAAAGGUCCAUUAUAGAAAUUGACAUUUGCACUGAAGGGAGGUUAAAUAGAAUUUUAAUGAAAACUCAUGUUUUUUUUUCCUGCACAUUGAAUUCUAGAGUGACAUUUUGUUUGUGUUUCCUGUGUUAGAUGUGAAAACAUCACCAGUUUUUUUGAGUGCGUCUUACAGUGCAUGUUUUUUUGCAGUGAACACAACAAACAUGGUGGUUUGGCCCCAGGCUGCUUCUUAGGAAUCUAGGUGUUGGCCAGCUGCUGUUGACUCAUCCCCAUCUUCUGCUGUAUGUUAUGGAAAUUAUACCAAGCCUCGUGUCAGUAGCAUAUAUCUUUUAUGUGGUGCUUUGUUUUUGAUUUUGAAUGUAUAAGGAUUUCCUCAUUUCCUGCAGCCAUCCUGACAGCCGCCCUACCUUAUUUAUGUUCUGUGCUGUUUCGUAUUGAAACUGUGUGCCUCAUGAUUCCAUUUACAAAAUGCAUUUUUUAGCCAUGUUAUCUUGUUUCUUUGUCCAGAACUGCCUCAUUAAAAACCAAGCAGACCUACCCUGUCAUUGUGGGUUAUGUACAUAACACAUGACACGUGUAUGGUUAGUUCAUGUAACCGUACUUGUUCUACAUUUAUAAGUGACAUCCUCAUCUUUCUAGCUAGAGCAGACAAACAAUUUUGAAGGAUAAAACACCAUUUUAAAAUAUAUCCUUGAAAAAGUGCACUACAGUAACCUCAUGGACUGAACUUUGUAUGUUGGGACAACAAGAGGUUGUGUGUUACCCUAAUGGAUGACAUAACAUCCCAUCAAUAAUUUAGACAAACUGCCUGAGGUGCCUCUCACACAAGCCGUGUGACGGUCCUCCAGAUCAAUAUCUCAGCUUUGUCACAUGCCAA